CAGGAGCGCGUCGACGAGAUGCGCUCGAAGCGCGAGGCGGAGCUCAAGGAGCUCAAGGCCGCCCACGCCGAGGAGCUCCGCCGGGCGGCCGAGGAGCACCAGGCCGCGCUGGAGAAGGCCCGCAAGGAUCACGCCGAGGCCGUCGCGGCCCUGCAGGUGGCCGCGCGCGAGGCCGCUGAGAAGCACGCCGCGGAGCUGCGGGAGGCCCAGGCGGCCCUGCAGAGGGAGCGGGAGCGCGUGGCCGAGCUGCAGGCGCGGGCCCAGGCCCUACAGGGCGAGCUGCAGGCCGCGCAGAGUGCCCUGGCGGCCCUGGGCGCCAAGCUCGAGGCGGCGGAGAAGAGCCACGCGGAGAUCCUGGCGCAGAAGGACGAGGCGUUCGCGCGCGAGAAGAGGGGGCUCAAGGAGAAGCACAAGCUCGAGACGGAGCGGCUGCUGGAGGCGCAGAUCCAGGAGACCCAGGACCUGAAGGACCGCUUCGACCGUGCCAGGCAGUUGCAGGAGGCGCAGGUCGACAUGCUGCAGGGGCGCCUCGCCGAGCUGCAGCGGCUCUACGACUCGCGGCCCCCACGCCCGGAGGACCUCGACAGGAUCGCGGCGCUGCAGGCGGAGCUGGAGCAGAGGACUCAGGAGAUCAAGCGGCUCAACGAGGAGAUGCACUUCUACAAG